AUGGGUAGAUGGAGGCUGGAGACUAACACUUUCCAUCUACGUGUCGACGAGGCAACUAUUACUCUCCAGGAUGUAGUAGUGAUCCUAGGUCUCCGCAUUGAUGGCACUUAUGUCACGGGGACUGAUAGGCAUGUUUGGAGGGACACAUGUAAUAAUUUAUUAGGAAUAUCUCUGGAGUCCUUGCCUGGAGGGUAUAUUAGAUUGAAGUGGCUAAAGGAGAGUUUUGAAAACUCGUUGCCACAAGAUGCACUUGAAUUGAUGAUCCAACAGCAUGCCAGAGCAUAUAUUUUGCACAUAAUCGGGACGUUUCUUUUUCCAGAUUCAACAAAUAUGACUAACACAUUUGAACUCGCACUAGGUGGUUACCACUUCUCGAAGACUUUGAUAGCUCAAGGGCUAUUUAACAUUGCUACAAGUUUGGGCAUGGGAGAGGCUGGUUUUGAAACCACGAUUAUGCGAGAUCCGAGAGUUAGAUGGACAUAUUCAACUAGGCUGCAGAUAGAUGCUAUGGACGAGGUCGAGGGGAUUGCAAAUGAGGGCAUAGCUACCGCCACAGGAGAUUCACUACAUGUAUCGAUAUUGCAUCGGAUAGUGGCGAGAGUUCAUAGAGAUUUUCAACAAACUCAUGAGGAUCGACAUGAAGGUCGUGAGCAGGUGGAUCUUGAAUAUACUCUAUAUGCACGCCGACGUAGACGUGGUAGACGUUGCACGCACGACGAUGAAGCUGGUCCGUCACAGCAACUCGAUCCAGACACAGAAGCUCGAGCUUCGGCACUGCAAGAUGCUCCCCCAAUCCCCUCCCUUCGGAAGAAAACCACCCUCUCCAACCCUCAACCGCUCCUUUUCGCCGCCGGGACCCCUCGCCAAGAAGCCACCGACUUUCUCACGCGCCAGCAGCAAAUCGGGUUCUGCCCCCGCCGCCCGAGGCCCGUGCAGAAGCCCGUGUGGCAGAGCGGAGAGAGCUACACAUUGCAGCAGUUUGAGUCGAAGGCGAAGCAAUUCGAGCGCGCCCAGAUGAAGAAAUUCAACAAGAAGACCCCCUUCUCGCCGCUGGAGGUGGAAGCCCUCUUUUGGAGAGCUUGUGCUGAUAAACCCUUUUCGGUCGAGUACGCGAAUGACAUGCCCGGUUCGGGGUUUGUUCCGAUUGUGAAGAAAUGGGGGUGCAAAGAGGAGGAGGUGGGUAAUGUGGGUGAGAGCGGGUGGAAUAUGAGGGGGGUUUCGAGGGCCAAGGGGUCGCUGUUGAGGUUUAUGAAGGAGGAGAUACCGGGGGUUACCUCGCCGAUGAUUUAUGUCGCCAUGAUGUUUAGCUGGUUCGCUUGGCAUGUUGAGGAUCAUGAGUUGCACAGUCUGAAUUACUUGCAUUUGGGGAGCGGGAAGACUUGGUAUGGGGUGCCGAGGGAUGCGGCGAUUGCGUUUGAGGAUGUGGUUAGGGUUCAUGGGUAUGGUGGAGAGGUGAAUCCCUUAGUAACUUUCACUAUCCUGGGUGAGAAAACUACUGUUAUGUCUCCUGAAGUUCUACUCGGUGCAGGGAUUCCAUGCUGCAGAUUAGUCCAGAAUCCUGGAGAAUUUGUUGUCACUUUCCCAGGUGCUUAUCAUUCUGGGUUCAAUCAUGGAUUUAACUGUGCGGAGGCAGCAAAUAUUGCAACUCCUGGAUGGUUGAGAGUAGCUAAAGAAGCUGCAGUUCGGAGGGCAUCGAUUAACUAUCCUCCGAUGGUUUCUCAUUUUCAAUUGCUGUAUGCCCUUGCAUUAUCACUAUGUUCAAGGGUACCCUUGAUUGGUGUUUCUGAGCCACGAAGCUCUAGGCUAAAAGAUAAGAUGAGAGGUGAAGGAGAAGUGAUGGUGAAGGAAAUAUUUGUUCAAAAUGUGAUUGAAACCAAUGACCUGCUAAGUGCUCUUCUCAAUAAAGGGUCUUCUUGCAUAGUUCUUCCACAUAAUAUGCACGAUAGCCCUUUAUGUUCGAAUUCACUUCUUAGAUCUCAGUUAAAGAUGAAGCCUAGAUUAUCCCUUGGUUUGUGCAGUCGCGAGGAAGCACUGGAAGCUUCCAGAGUUUUUCCUGCAAAUGAUGUAAUUCUAGGGAGAAAUGCUGGGAUUGAACAUUCAAAGGCUUCUGCAACAUCUGAGAAGUCUGGAAUUAGUGCUCAUAAUUCCUCAGGUUCAGACUCACAGCACGGGGAAAAUGAGAACGAGAGUGCAGUCCAUAGUGAUGGUCUGUUGGAUCACGGACUACUAUCAUGUGUUACCUGCGGGAUAUUGAGCUUUACUUGUGUGGCCGUUGUCCGUCCAAAGCAAGCAGCUGCUAGGUACCUCAUGUCUGCUGAUUGUGGUUUUCUUAAUGAGCAGAAUAUUGUCUCUGGAGAAAAUAGCAAUAGAGAUGACAAAAUUCAUUGGAGGAGAAGCACUUCUGAUCUGCUUUGUGAUUCUGAACAAUUAGAGCGUCAUGCCCAAUAUCGUAGUCCAUCUCCAGUUCAUGUUUCAGAUCAUAAUUUUGAGGAUAAUGGGUCUGAUGCUGCUUGCCGAGGAGCCUCAGCGCUUGCUCUUCUAGCCUCUGCUUAUGGAGAUUCAUCUGACCUUGAUGAGGACGGGUCUCCAGCAACAUCGCCACGAGCUGAUGAAGAUAAUGAUUCGAGUCACGUGACAAGAUGUGCAAAUAUAAACCUACCUGAAUCUGAUUGCCAGAAUGAUUCGGAUAAUGAAUAUGAUGAAAUGAAUGGAUCAACACCAGAGUUUUCCAGUGGAGAUCAUCCGGGUAUGCUUGAUAAUCUGGAGGACAAUGGGGAAAUGGAAACAUCUAGUAGUUCAAUAAAGUCAAUAGGGGAAACAAGAAGUGUUGACUAUGAGGGACCAGAGAACAAAUAUUGCACCACUGGGACUGCCAAGAUUUGUCAGAGCAAUGUGAAGAUGGAAAGGAUAGCAUCUGGGUCAGUGAGCACAGUCAUGAAACCUAAUUCUACUAGAACCUCACCUUCAAGAAAUAAUGAUGCUAUCAGACAAUGCUCAGUUGUAUCAGCUAUUGAGAGAUCUGACAAGGAUUCUUCUAGAAUGCAUGUUUUCUGUCUCGAACAUGCAUUGGAGGUUGAGAAGUUACUUCAUCCACUAGGUGGUGUGAAUAUUAUGAUUUUGUGUCAUCCGGAUUAUCCGAAAAUCGAGACAGAAGCCAAACUGUUGGCAGAAGAGUUAGAAACUGAUUAUGAGUGGAAGAGUAUCGAUUUCAGGGGCCCCACACAAAAAGACCUAGAAAGUAUCCGGGCAGCUAUGGAAGACGAAGAAUCGAUGCCCACGAGCAGCGACUGGGCAGUGAAACUGGGCAUCAAUCUCUUCUACAGUGCAAAUCUAAGCAAAUCUCCUCUUUACAGCAAGCAGCUUCCUUAUAAUGCAGUCAUAUACCGUGCAUUUGGCUGUAAAUCACCAAACAACUCUCCGUUGACAUCAAAAUCUUCAAAAAGGAGACCUGGAAGGCAAAGGAAAAUCGUCGUUGCAGGAAAAUGGUGUGGAAAAGUUUGGAUGAGGAAUCAAGUACAUCCGUUAUUAAGUGAUCGAAAGGACGAUCAAGAACAAAAGCACGAAAGAUUCUAUUCCAAGAGUAAUUCCGAAAUUAAGUCCGAAGAAGUUGAGACUGAAAUCAAGAAUGAGAAAAUUGUCUCAAGGAAGAGUUCAAGAUCCAGAAAGAGGAAGAAGCGGCCAUUAUCAAGGGCAAGUGCCAAGAAACAAAAAUGUGUCACACCCCAAGUAAUGGACAAAAAAGCGAAAGUUUCGGAUACUUCGGCAGCUCAAACAUCUUCAACUAAACACUCAAGAGUUCUUCGAAGCUGUCGUAAGUCAGAUGUCAAAUAUGAGUCUGAAGAAGAGCCAACCACAGUACGAAGCAGCCGCAGGCUGAAAGCGAAAUCUGAGACCAAAACAAAGCCGACCAUUACAAGAAGCACCAGUAAGCUUCACAUUGAGCAAGAGACUGAAGAAGCACCAAACACUCGCCUGAGAACAAAACCAUCAAAGUCUAAAGACACCAGCGCGAAUCCACCCAUCAACAAGCAAUCAAGGAAGAAGAAACCCAAAACCACUCCAAACCCUAUAAAAGAAGAGGAGGAAGAGGAAGCAGCGAAAGAUUACACAUGCAAUAUCGAGGGGUGCACGAUGAGCUUCAGCACGAAGCAUGAUCUUGCAUUGCAUAAAAAAGAUAUAUGUCCAGAAGAAGGGUGUGGCAAAAAGUUUUUUUCGCACAAGUAUUUGGUUCAGCAUAAGAAGGUUCAUCUGGAUGAUAGGCCCCUGGCUUGCCCAUGGAAGGGGUGCAAGAUGAGGUUCAAAUGGGCUUGGGCUCGAACGGAGCACAUUAGGGUUCAUACUGGCGACCGGCCCUAUAUCUGUAGUAAAUGCAGCCAGACAUUUCGGUUUGUGUCGGAUUUUAGUCGGCACAAGAGGAAGACUGGCCAUCUAGCGAAGAAGGGAAGGAGAUGAAGUGAUUGAAAUUGAGUUUGAUUUUAAAGGCUAUUGAUCAUUUAAAUCGAUUCUCACUGUCUUUGUUGUAGUUCAUUUGUUUAGGGAGAGGAAGUUGAAAUGUUCAUUAUGUGGUUUAUUACAAGCCCCAUUUAAGUGUAACAAUUGGCUAUUAUGUGUUUUCAGUGGUUGUUAGUUUAAUUGCCGAGAAAAUGUUGUAAUGAGCAGAAUCAGCAGAUGUCUAUUUAUAAUCGAGUAUCUAUUAGACUUGGUAUCAA